UUGAGAGCUACGUCUAUGAGCGUACGGGAGGAAAAGGGUUAAAAGCCGACGGGUGUAUGUGGCACGUAGGUGCACGGAUUCGCGGGCCGAGAGUGACCGAUCGGGGUUUUGCAAGGUCUUCGGGAAGGAAAGAGGUGUACGCCCGCAUGUUUCGCACCAGUCGAAACAGUCGGAGCGGGAAGAAUCCCGAACUGUGCGGUUCGGGGUGGUGCAAGUCUCGAAGAGUCCCUAGGAGUCCCAAAAAUCGCGCGGCCCUGCGAUAAGAGGGCUCGAGAGUGGCAGGUCCUGCCAGGCCCGUAGCUACUAACAGGCACUAACAGGUUCCGCAGCCGCUAAACAAAACAUGGACGCCGAGGAGAUAAAUACGUCCGAGGAGCCUCGGAACGAGGAGGCGAUCGUCUCCGCGGUGGAGAUAUGUCGAGUCUGUCUGAUGGGUAAUCUGGUGAUGAGGAGCCUUUUCCACGAAACCGAGGUAGUACCCCUGUCCGCGAAAGCGAUGAGCUUCGCCAGCGUUAAGAUGCUACCAGGGGAUGGAUUACCGGCACAAGUAUGUUGCACGUGUGCUGAGAAAUUGGAAUCGGCAUAUGAGUUCAAACUCCAAGUGGAACAGGCCGAUAGUGUUCUACGAGAGAGAUUUGAUAAUGUUAACAUUAAGGAGGAACUUUUCUUCAAUGAAGUCGAGGUUCAUCUGGAGGCGGAUCGAACAGAUGAAGGAGAGGAAAUGCAUGUGGAAAUUUCUUAUCAGGAUGAUUCAGAUACGAUAUGUCAUAGCUCACAUAAUUCUCAGUCGACGCUUUUGAAAGAUCAUUUGGCUCUUUUACAAGUUGAGAAGCUUGCAGAGCAAGAAAGAGUUUUACAUCAUGAAGAGAAUCUAAUGCAAAGUAACGGAGAGCACAUCGAAGAGAGAUUAGAAGAUCCUGAACAAGGGUUUUCCUCUGAAGAAGUGCAAGAAGGUCAGUCUAUUACCAUUUCAAGGAGCCAGGAAAAUAUCAAAGCAGAGAGUUUUCAUGACAUGGAAGCAAUUACUAUUGAUGAGCACAAUUAUGUUGUACAGCAAGGCUACACGAUUUCGAACGAUAAGGAAUUUAGUUCUCAACCAACUGAUUCCAGUAAUCAAGAGAUCUCUCAAUUUGAGAGUAGACUCGAGGUGGAAGAAAGUGUAACCAGAAGUGACAAUGAUCUUGAAGAAACGCCCUCAAAUCUAGAAACACAAAUACCAGUUGAACAAGAUGCAUCUCAAGUUGAGACACGACGAAGCAAGCGCAAAUUGACACGGAGAGCAACCAUAAAUCGCGAUUCAGAUGAAGAAAACUAUUUCGAAAAUUUAAACCUUAGCUCUCGAUUGAAAAAAGCUCAAGCAGACAAAGGUGAAAAAGUAUUUUUCGUGUGUUACCUCUGCGACAAACAGUUCCUUUCAAAAGGUGUUCUGAAGGAACACAUGCAUUCGCAUGAAGAGGUUAGAAGGGCACUAUCUCUGAAGAAAGUACCAGAGAAACCUCAGAAAGUAGCACCUGUUUCAACUAAAAUGCCUCCAUCAGGAAAACGAGCAAACAAGUGUCCUUAUUGUGGCAAGGAAUAUCUUUAUAUCAUUUCAUUUAGUAAACAUUUGAAGCAACACGAAAAGGAGAAGGAUAGGACAAAGGAAGAACCAAUGCCGCUUGAGGUAUCUUUCCAGGAAGACAACAAUACAAUUGAUUAUCCUGGCUACAAUAAUAAACAACAUUCUGAUGUAGAGUGCCCAAGAGUGGAAAGAAGCGAAGAGGCCGAUACCAAAGGAAGCAAUGACGAUGAUCAAGAAAAUGAAAAAAGAAAACGAAGGAAGAGCAGAAACGCCGAACAAUACUCUUGCACCGAAUGCUCUGAGAAAUUCAAAACAAAACGUGGCUUGUGUAAACAUACGAUACAACAUACCCCUCUUAAAUGUACAGUUUGUGAAGAAGAAUUCGAUGCCUUGGAGAAAUUGCGAAAUCAUCGGACUAAACAUGUCAUGGAAGGUGUUUUAUUGGAGCAAGAUUUAGAAGAUAUAAAGAAUGUAGUCGGCAAGGAAGCAGAAGAAGAGGAAUUAGAACAAGAGGAAGAAGCAGGUGUGGAUGACGGAGAAGGAGAUGAACCCUACAUGGAGAGUAGUCAGGAAGAUUAUGUGCAUGCUAAUGAUGGAUCUAGUGAAGAAAAGGAUCUUAAGUGUCCCAAUUGUCCGAUGAUGUACUCUCACAAAAAAUCUUUAUCAAGGCAUCUGGAAACGCACGUAGGGACCAAAUAUGGUUGCAAGCUCUGCUGCCAACAAUUCUCACGGAAGGACCAUUUACGAAGACAUGCCGAGCAGCAUGGAAGACUUAAAUCAUACAAGUGCACGCAAUGCAAUAAAACGUUUGGAAACGAAUUGACGCUACGAAAUCAUUUGAUUGCAACAAAUCACAGGACAAUUAUACAUGGACAGGAAUAUGAUCCAAAUAAGCGGAUUAAACGAGUUGCUGCAAAAGCUGCUCAAAAGAUCAUCGACAAGAUUAAAACGGAGGAUGGCCUUGAAGAUGAAGACGAAGAUGACAACCACGAUGAUUAUGAAGGUGAUUACCAAGAUUUUGACAGACAGAGGUACAUGGGUAGAGGAGCACUAAAGAAACAGAUAAAUAGGAAAGAAUUAGAGUGUGCAACAUGCAACAAAAAGUGCAGUUCAAAACAGUCAUUAACGAAACAUAUGGAACAACACGUCAAGGAAGAAGCUACAGAGAAAGUAGAAAAACUAGAGAAAGCAAAGAAAUUAUUGGAAAGGAAAGAUGUACAAAGGGGUAAUUUAGGUAUGGGUAUGGAUGUUGGUAUCGGUGCUGACACAGGAGAUGUUGAUGACGAUGACGAUGACCAUUCCGAUUUCGAAAGUGGUCUCGAUUGGCCAAUGGACAACCAUGAGUGUACAACUUGUAAAAAAAGAUACAGCACCAAGAAAUCUUUGCUUCGACAUCAACUACUGCAUGAAGAACCAAACUUUGAAUGUGACAUCUGUAAUGUAAAAUUCUACCGUAAGGAUAAAUUAAAAGCCCAUUAUGAUAAGUGCUCCGAAAAGAAUCCAGAUCAGGUAAGGAAGUGCAACAUCUGCGGUGACAGUUUUGAGAAUAACGAGAUUCUUCGAGAGCAUAGAGCAAAACACGUAACAGAGGGUAUACUAACGGAAGAAGAUUUGAGAGAAAUCGAGCCAAGGCCCGAAGAGAGGAAGCAGGGAGAAAAAGUUGCUAGAAAACGGAGAACGGAUAUUGUUGGCUUAGAAUGCACCGAGUGCAAUAAAAGGUACACCUCAAGAAAAGGUUUGCUGCGUCACAUACAAGUUCACGAAGGUAAAAAGUACCUUUGUGAUAUUUGCCCGAAAAAGUUCUACAGGAGAGAACACCUCAAGAUUCAUGUAGCCAAGCAUAACAUGAUAAAGCCAUAUAAGUGCAAUCGUUGUACCAAGCGAUUUAUUAAGGAAGAACAGCUAACGAAUCAUCUGUCUAAGCAUGACAGAACUUUUAAGAAAAAUAAGGAAACGGACAGUUCGAAGCGUUUCUUAUGUGAAAUUUGUUCCAAGAGCUUCACCCAAUCGACUACCCUUAUUGCUCAUCUGAGAGCGCACAAGGGAAUCAAGCCCUACGUUUGCGAGGUAUGUUCAAGGCCGUUCACGACUAAUGCUUACUUGAAAAUGCAUAUGAGAACGCAUACGCAGGAGCGACCGUACAUAUGCCAAUACUGCUCGAGAGCCUUUGCUCGAGCCGAUACCCUGGCCAAUCACCUAACCUCUCAUACUGGCGAGGCGAAAUAUCAUUGUAAGUAUUGUCCAAAGAACUUCCGACGUUUGAAAUCCUUGAAAGAACACGUAUUUAUACAUACUGGUCAGAGACCUUACGCAUGUCCAACCUGUGAUCGUCGAUUUAACAACAACGGCAGUCGUUACGCCCACAGCAAGCGGUGCAAGCAAAACUUACUGCAAAAUCAGACCAGAGCACAAAAUAUGAAUCCUCCUCAAACACAGAUACAAGGUCGUAUCCACCAGACAAUUACACAAGCACAGGUGAUUAAAUCGCAGAAUAUAAAGACCAUCACAAUAACACGACCAACCGACCAAUUAACGCAACAAGGCAUCAUGCAGCAUCAAGAAAUAUUGAUGCCUCUUAUUCUACCACUGACGGUAACUCUGACAGAUGUCGGAGAAGAAGUUAUUCUGCCUGAAGGUACCAAAAUAUUUACCACCUCUUAAUUAAACCUAAUCUCUUCUGCCACAAGGUCUGAAGAUAUGUGAUAGAAUUCGACAAAUGUCAAAGUGUUAAGUUUAUGAUUUACGUUGGACUGUGGAGACCUGAAAUAUGUAAAUUAUAAACAAAAUAGCUUACUUUCACCUAAGAGCUAAUGAGUAUACAAAAAUGUGUAAUAUAAGAGCUCAUGGCAAAGAUACUGCAUCUUUAUGGAAAUGCAAAAUUCCCACAUGUCUAAGCCUUUGUGCUUAAUUGUGUACAAUAUAUUGCAUCAAAGUUUAUUUUUUCAAGGUGAUGGCAAACGUAUCGCUUGCUCACUAACAUUUGGUACAAGUAUAUUCAAAUAGUGUCACAGGGUCUCACGACAUCAAAUCUGAACGGAACAUUGGAAGUAAAGCAUUUAUAAUAGGAAAGAUGAAGAUAUUUUCAUAAAGCUGGGUGUAAAAUGGAAUAUGAGAAUAUGCUUCCUCUCAUUAACGUAAAGUGUUUAGGUCUUGUGUGUGUCACCAGGUGGUUAUUUCGGAAACUCAAGAUAGGUAAUUUUGUUAAACCAGAGGUGAAUUACGCUUCGGAGAGUAAUCUCUGUCAAAAAAAUGUCCAGUUUCAUUCCUUUUCAGUCGCCAUUCCAGCGAUGUAACGAGGGCUCUCAAAAUCCUGGCAAUGAUUUGGGAUUACUAACAUUUGUGAAUAUUUCUCAUUGUUUAUCGUUGUUGCGAAUAUAAUGAAAUAGAAGUUUUGUUAUCACAAUUAUAUUGUGCACAUUAUAAUAAUUUUUAAUUUUGUUAUCUGCGCCUAUCAUUUCGCAUCGUGCCUGAUUUUUCUUAAUAUUUUGGUAACUGAUAUCUUGUAGAUAUACCGUUAAGAACCUACUUUUUAACACUGGUUUGAUGUUAGUCUAAUCAUUAACAGGUGUAAAUGGCGGAUAUUGUUGUGUCUAGUAAAUGCUGAAAGUGUUAAAAGAAGUUUCAAGCAAAAUCCAUUUAGGAAUCAGGCAGAUCAAUCACGGAGAUCCCUUCGAUUCGUGUAAUUUUAUUUCUUUAUUUAUGUAAAUAUUCAGCACCUGGCAAAACCAACCGAAUCGAUGAGAUCUCUUUGAAGUUAGACAAUUAUGUCAAGAUCUAGUUAAAGAUUUUUAUCUCGAUCACCUAGGGUAGAAAUUUGUAUAUUGCAGAGAUGAUAUAUAGAAAUUGUAUCUAGCCUAGUUUAAGAGUGAUAAAUACUAUUUUCCAUUUUAAAUACGUAUUUUAUAAAUGCGAUAAGUUUGAUGAUUAUCCAGCUCUACGUAUCGUUCGCUGUUCCGAUGAGGCAUUAAUGAGUGCAUAUUGUAGGUGCACUUCAAUUUAAUCCGUCGAUGUACUUUGAUCGAGCGAACUGCUUUCGAAAGCUCUGGAUUACAAUUCUCAAAUACUUGUACAUAGCCGUAAUAAUGUGAAUAAAAGAUUCAUAGUAUUACAACCACUAA